AUGAGCUGCGACAUCUGCGGGCGGCACUAUCACCCCCAGCGGCUCCCGUUCCUCUGCGCCGUCGACGCCCGCAACCAGCUGUACGAGCCACGGAUUGCCCACACUGUCGCCUUAAUACACAACGAACAGCUCGAGGCGCAAGUGAACAAGGCACUCGGCGAGCCGUCCAGCGGUUCACCAUCGACGGGCGAACACCAGCCGUCACCGAAAGUGCAGGCCGAGACAUGGGCGGCCGAGCAGCAGGAUGCACUCGACCGUGCCCGCGAGACGGCUGCACGAGCUGCCAGGCUGCGGCGGGAGAUGGAGGACACACGCGCAGAGCUGGACCGGCGGCGAGACCAGCUGAAACAGCGCCGGUCGGACCUCGCCGCGGCAUCCAACGGCACGGCCGCUCGGCGAGCGCGGGUGCAGGCGGACGUCGAGCGGUCGAUUGCAAUGACUCGCUUCAAGUGGAACCAGAGCUACGAGGCCAUGGCAGCCACCCGCGGCUUCCUCUGCAUGGAGGCGUCGAAGCUGUACGGCCUGCGGCGGGUCAAGAAGGGCAGCGCCAUGCGCUACGAGAUUGGCGGCUUCGAGGUCGUGGACCCGUACAACAUGAACAAUCUCCCCGCCGAAGUCAUAUCAACAAGCCUCGCCCACAUCACCCACAUCCUGGUGCUUGCCUGCCACUAUCUCUCCAUACGGCUGCCGGCCGAGAUCACCCUCCCCCAUCGCGACUAUCCCCGUCCGACCAUCUUCUCACUCGCUUCGUCAUACUCACACGGCGAAGUGCCAUUUCCGGGCUCGGCAAGCCCGUCGUCAAAUACCGUCACCGCAGCAGCCGCCGCUGCAGCGGCGGCAGCGGCGUCCACCAAGCCCCAUAGCAACCGCGACCUCUUCCAGCGCAUCCCCCGUGCCCGCCCGCUCUACCUCGACAAGGCGCUCCCGCUGCUGUCCAAGGAAGACAGCCAGGGCCAUGCCAUGUUUUUGGAGGGCAUUGCUCUGCUGGCCUACAACAUCGCGUGGGCGUGCUGCUCACAGGGCGUGUCGAUCGGCGACCGCACAUCGUUUGACGACACCUUUAGCAUCGGCCGCAACCUGUACUACCUGCUGAUUGGCAACCAGCUGCUGAACAACCCGGCAGGACGCAUCUUUUCGACGGCCGGGACGGGGCCGUCGGUGACGCCGGCGGCACCGUCACCCACGCCAUCCAAGGCGACGAGCAACGGCGCCAGCGACAAUUCUGGCGGCGCCAGCGCCGCGGACAAAGCCCCCGUGCCAUCCAUGGGCCGCUACGCACACGGCACGACGCACACGUUUUUGGGCGACGACACGGUCCAGACAUUCAAGCUGCUGGGGCCCAACCGGCUGGCCGACCGGCUCAAGGCCAAGCUGAGCAGCGAGAGCAUGAUGCCAGACUGGGAGGUGCUCGAAGACGAUGCCUGGGCCGUUGAGGACGAGGACCACAACAACAUGGAAGACGGUGUGCUGAACCGCGUUGUAGUGUCGCCGCCACCGAACGGGAAUGGCAAUGGCAACGGCAACGGCAACGGCCGGGGCAGCAAGAGUACAGCACGCGGCGGUACGCCACCCUCGAAGAAGGCUGGCGGCGCCAGUGCGGGAAACCCCAGUGCCGUCGUCGUCGGCAGUCGCGUGCCCGAGCAGCGGCUGUUUGGCGUCGAGAGCGUGGCGACCGUGAUGUCAUCGGCGCUGGACGAGACGCUGGCGAAUCUCGAUCUUGAGAACCAGAGCCCGCGCGGUAAUGGCGGCCGGACACCGUCGGACCGACCACGCAACACGGGCACGAGCGGAUGGACGAAGCUUCGCAAUCGGCCGUAG